AUGGUUUCUCAGGUGAUCUUCCUCUAUAAUAACCUCAAGUUCACAGAACAGCCUGCACAGAUCUUGAUUGAUGAACCUGUUUCAGUGCCAAAGAACUAUCAGCACGUCCUGGCCUUAGCAUUUGCUGUCAAAGAGAUCAAUGAGAAUCCCAACAUCUUAUCAAAUAUCUCUCUAGGUUUCCACAUCCUCAAUAGCUAUUAUACUGCAAAGAUGACCUAUAAGGCCACCCUCAGCCUGCUUUCCACACAACAGAGGUUUGUCCCCAACUUCAUUUGUGACAAUCAGAACAAUCUGAUAGCUCUCAUAGGAGGAUGUAUCUCUGAAAUUUCUGCUAAUAUGGCCAUCAUUUCAGCAAUCCACAAAACGCCACAGAUGGUCCCAAAUGAAGCCCACCAGCACACAGGGGUUGUGCAGUUACUUCAGCAUUUCAGAUGGACAUGGAUUGGGCUUUUGGCCGUCGAUGAUGACAAAGGGGACCAGUUUUUACAGAUAAUUGUGCCAAUGCUUUCCCAGAAUGACAUCUGUUAUUCCUUCAUAGUAAGAAUACCAAAAUGGAAUUAUUUGGAUGAGAUGAUAGAUUACGGAUUGCAACGUUCUGUAAGCUAUGCAAUUAUGUUUGAGAGAAAUCCCAGUGUAUUCUUUAUUUAUGGAGAACCUCCAUCCUUUCAGGUUUUGAGAUUAAUUGUGUUUAUAGCACCAUUAAUGGAAUAUCCACCUCUGGGUAAAGUAUGGAUUGUUACAUCCCACUGGGAUUUUGCAUCACUGUCUGUUCAGAAGAUUUGGGAUAUGCAAACUUUUCAUGGUUCCUUAUCUGUCACUGUUCACUCAAAUCAGCCACUUGGAUUCCUGAACUUUAUUAAGGUGUUAUGGCCUUUCUGGGCAAAAGGAGAUGGGUUUAUCCAGGACUUCUGGGAACAGGCUUUCAGCUGUUCAUUAAAAAUGUCCAAAGGGCAGAAGAAUGAAAAGGAGGAGAAAAUCUGCACUGGGGAGGAGAAGCUAGAGAACCUUGCUGGAAUUCUGUUUGAAAUGAAGAUGACUGGCCACAGCUACAAUGUCUACAAUGCUGCCUAUGCUGUGGCAUAUGCUUUGCAUACCAUAUACAAAUCCAGCUCCAAACAAAGAAGACUGGAAGAAAGAGAGAGAGUGACACUUCAGAAUAUACAACCAUGGCAGGUCCAUCACUUUUUAAGGAGCACUUCAUUCAACAAUAGCGCUGGAGACACUGUCCUCUUUGAUGACAAUGGAGAAUUAGUUACAGGCUUUGAUGUUACAAAUUGGUUGAUGUUCCGCAAUGGCUCAGUGGUUAGGGUAAACGUUGGAAGACUGGAACCUCAGGCUCCACCAGGCAAAGAGUUAACCAUUAAUGAUGAUCAGAUUGUGUGGCAUCCAAACUUUAAUCAGGUCCUGCCCACUUCUGUGUGCAACGACAACUGCCAUCCUGGCUAUAGCAGGAAAAAGAAGGAGGGAGAGAAAUUUUGCUGUUAUGAUUGUGCUCCGUGUCCAGAAGGGAUGAUUUCUGAUAAGGAUGACAUGGAUGCCUGUGUCAAAUGUCCAGAAGAUCAGUAUCCCAAUAAGGGCAAAAACCAAUGCAUAUCCAAGGUUCUAAGCUAUCUGUCAUACAAGGAAGAUUUAGGGAUCAUCUUAGCUACCUCGGUUAUUUCUUUCUGUUUGAUCACAGUGUUAGUAUUUGGAAUAUUUAUGAAGCACAAAGACACCCCAAUAGUCAAAGCCAACAACCGGACCCUUACAUACAUCCUCCUCUUCUCCUUGCUCCUUUGUUUCCUCUGCUCCUUCCUCUUUAUUGGGCAGCCUAGAAAAGAGAUCUGCCUUCUCCAACAAACAGCUUUUGGCUCUAUCUUCUCUGUGGCCCUUUCCAGCAUUUUGGCAAAAACCAUCACUGUAGUUCUGGCUUUUAUGGCAACCAAACCAGGAUCCAGGAUGAGGAAAUGGGUGGGGACAAGAAUGGCAAGUGCAAUUGUCUUGUCCUGCUCCUUUAUUCAAGCUGGCAUUUGUACUCUUUGGUUAAGUACUUCCCCUCCAUUCCCAGAUAAAGAUAUGCACUCAGUGAAUGGGGAAAUCAUACUGAAAUGUAAUGAGGGUUCAGCUACCAUGUUUUAUUGUGUCUUGGGCUAUAUGGGCUUCCUGGCCAUUAUUAGCUUCAUAGUUGCUUUCCUAGCCAGGAAAUUACCCAAUAGUUUCAAUGAGGCCAAGUUUAUCACUUUCAGCAUGUUGGUGUUCUGCAGUGUUUGGUUGUCCUUUGUUCCAACCUACCUGAGCACCAAAGGAAAAUACAUGAUAGCUGUGGAGAUCUUCUCCAUCUUAUCCUCCAGUGCUGGGUUACUGGGUUGUAUCUUUUCCCCUAAAUGCUACAUUAUUAUACUUAAGCCUGAGCUAAAUAUCAGAGAGCAACUAAUAAGGAAAACACAAUGA